UCCAAAACAUUAGCAGCCAGCCACCGACAGCCAGGCAAGACAUAAGCAAGGCUAGACAAGCAAGGAAGCAAUGACUCCAAAUGUGGAUAGCCAGUCCUUUGGCACAAUACACUACUCCAAUGUCUACCUCUCCAUAUUCGCUCUGUUUUGCGUCAAGCUCUUUGUCAAGAUCAGCCUGAAUAUUCUCACCCACUUCUAUGUGGUGAAGGGGAAUCGGAAGGAGGCUGCCCGCAUUGCAGAAGAGUUUUAUGAUUUUGGACAAGGGCACAGGUCAUGGGCGGACCGGUCCCCUCUCCACGAGGCAGCGUGUCAUGGCCGUCUCCUGGCCCUCAGGACCCUACUCUCACAGGGUUACAACGCAAACAUCCCUACCAUAGACCAUGUGACGCCGUUGCAUGAGGCUUGCCUGUCAGACCACGCGUCAUGCGCCAAGGCGCUCGUUGCAGCUGGUGCCAAUGUAAAUGCCACCACCAUUGAUGGGGUGACGCCGCUGUUCAAUGCCUGCUCAGCGGGCAGUGCCACCUGUACAGAGGUACUGCUGGAAAACGGUGCCAAGCCCCAGUCAGAGAUGUGCCAGCCCUCGCCCAUACACGAAGCCUCCAGCAAAGGCAGAAUUGCUUGUCUGGAGGCACUGAUCACAUGGGGAGCAGACGUGGACUAUGAUAUUCCUCACCUGGGAACCCCCCUGUACAUCGCCUGCAUCUCCUCAGCACUCCAGUGCACACAAAAACUCCUCGAUGGAGGGGCCAAUGUGCAGAAGGGCAGGUUCCUGGAGAGCCCGCUCCAUGCAGCAGCUCAGAAGGACUGUCCUGAGAUCAUCAAUGUGUUGUUAGAGUUUGGAGCGAACAUUAACGCUAAAAACCUAGAGCUGAAGAGACCGGUGGAGUCAGCCCCACCUAACAGCUCAGCAGAGGAGACGUUACUGCUGUAUGAAGCAACACCUCAGUCACUAUGUCAACUGUGUCGUCUCAGUGUCAGAGAUUAUAUGGGCCGAUCUCGACUACACCUCAUCCCUCAGUUACACCUCCCCAACCCUCUCAAACGCUUCCUCCAGUACAGAUAGAACACAACGCUCUCUCUCUCUCUGUCUGUCUGUCUCUGUCUGUUGCUCUCUCCCUUCCCCUCUCUGUUUCUCUCUGUCUUCCUCAUUCUCUCUCUUUCUAAAUGAGAGAGCAUCGUCAUAAUAGAGGAUAUUCUUUCUCCCACCCUAUCUCUUUCUCUCUGUUUCUCUCUCCGUCCAUCUUUAUCAUCAAGGGAAUGUUUUAUUACUCACUGAACCUUGUUUCUUUUUAACCCAGAACCUCAAGUGCACCGAAUCCCUCCCAUUCACUGACAUCUGUUUCCACUGUUUCUCUGAAGCACCUACGUACAAGGUCAUGUAAAUAUGUAUAUUCUGUUACAUUGACCAAAACAACAACUCUUAUGCUAAUCAGAUGUACUGUGAAUAAUAUUGCAUUUCAAUUAUUUUCUUAUAUAAUAUUAGCCAACUAAUAUAUUAACGUGACCCGUAUGUAUAUGCAUAACUCACUGAAAAAUGUACAGUAUUUUGCCAAAACUCAUUUCACAUACCUCUCACCUGUUUCACUCUAAUAAAUAAGAAUGUUAUUCCAUGA